AUGGCCAGCUCGAGUAUAUCUUUCCCGAUUCCAAAGCUCACGAAGGAGAAUUAUGAGAGGUGGAGUAUCCAAAUGAAGGCGUUUCUUGGAGGCCAAGACGUGUGGGAUGCAAUCGAAGAGGAGUAUCAUGAACCGGAGGAUUUGGUUACAGCGACUUCCGACGUAAAGAAAGCGGCGAAGGAGGCAAAGGUGAAGGACCAAAGAGCCUUGUCAUUCAUCCAACUCAGCAUGGAUGAUUCGAUAUUUGAAAAGAUUGCACACGCCACAUCGUCAAAGAUGGCUUGGGAUACUUUGGCAAAUUCCUUCAAAGGUAUCGAUAAGGUGAAGAAGAUGGGACUUCAAUCUCUUCGUGGUGAGUUUGAAGCAUUGCAAAUGAAAGAAUCUGAAGAAGUAUUUGAUUAUAUCUCUCGAGUGAUUGCGGUGACUAACCAACUUGAGAGUAAUGGUGAAAAGAUGAAAGCUAGUAGAAUUGUGGAGAAGAUACUUCGGUCUCUCACUCCGAAGUUUGAUCACAUCGUGGUUGCGAUCGAGGAGUCGAAUGUCAUCGAUGACAUGACGGUGGACGAGCUCUCUGGAAAGCUACAAGUCCAUGCAGAAAAAUUUAAGAAGAGGAACAAAGAACCUAUGGAGCACGUACUCCAAGCGAAGGUGAAUCUCAGUGAAAAGACAUUUGAUGAUCAGAAUCAAAGCGGUCGCGGUCGCGGUCGUGGUCGUGGACGCGGUCGUGGUCGUGGUCGUGGCAGAGGACGCGGUCGAAGCCGUGGACGAGAAGGUGAUGGAGAUUUGUGGCACCAAAAUUAUUCUGACCGAGGAGGACGAUCUGGCAGAGGGCGUGGUAACUCUCAUAGGUUCAACAAAGGUGAUGUUGAAUGUUACAAUUGUCACAAAUAUGGACACUAUGCCUAUGAGUGUUAUGCAGGCCAAAAUGAGAGAAAGGAGCAAGUUAACUAUGCUGAGAAAAAUAAUGUGGUAGAAGACACGGUGUUGCUUGCACGAAAUAGCUCGGACGGAGAAGCACACCAAACUUCGUAUCUUGAUACCGGUGCGAGCAACCAUAUGUGUGGUUCUCGUCAUAUGUUUGUGGAGAUUGACGAGUCAGUGACAGGGUCUAUUUCUUUCGGAGAUCUGUCGAAAAUCUCCGUCAAAGGAAAAGGCAAGAUCUUGAUCAAGUUAAAGAAUGGAGGCCAUCAGUACAUCUCAAAUGUGUACUAUGUGCCAGGUAUGAAAGCUAAUAUUCUCAGUAUUGGUCAGUUACUUGAGAAAGGUUAUAACAUUUCAUCCAGGGAUCAGAGUAUCUAUCUUAGAGAUGGCAACGGAAAACUUCUGUCCUGUGUUCCGAUGGAUGAAAAUCAAACAUUCAAACGGAUGUGGGAAAAUGCUUGA